AUGACUCUGUUGAACACCCUUCUAGCCCUCACAAACUUCAGAUCUCCUUUCCUUCGUACUUUGGUACCUAGCAUUGGACUUGCCUAUGCAAUUCAAGCUGGUGUAGCAGCUCCCAGUAUCUUGUUCCAAUCUGAACGAUUCUACGAUUUGAGUGGAUCGUUGACAUAUUUGUCAUGCACGGCACUUUCUCUCUACUUGCCUACGCUGAGAGCUAGAGCUGCUGCAGCAACUGUCUCUGCUGGUACUGCAGCUCUCCCAGCAUACCCUAGCUUGUUGGCUAGUCUGGCCAGCAAGGGAGGUGUUCAGGCCUGGAACUGGAGACAGGUCGUUCUCAGUGCUGCUGUAGCUAUCUGGGCCACAAGACACGGCCGCGAUUCCCGCUUUGACGAGAUCAGAACUUCUCCUCCCAAGUUCCUCGGUGCCUUCUUCGCCCAGGCAACCUGGGUAUCUCUCUGCCUUCUCCCUGUUCUAGCCCUCAACUCAAUCCCGGCAACGACCCUCUCCGCUCUCCCCUUCCUUACCCUCACCGACGUCAUUGGUGUACUCCUCUACAUCGGCGGUAUCGGAUUCGAAGCAACAGCCGACAAGCAAAAGAGCCAAUGGAUGGAAGAAAAGAAGAACAAGAAGCACAAUGAAGAUUUCCUAACCAGAGGUCUUUGGUCUAAAAGCAGACACCCCAACUACUUUGGUGAAAGCACUUUGUGGACUGGUAUUGCUACUGCUGCUGCUGGUGUUUUGGUUACCAAUGUUGGUCAAUCUGGUAUGGGUUUCAGCGGCAGUCUUGGUGCCAGAUUGGGUGCUUUGGCCAUGGCUGGUGUUAGCCCUGCCUUUGUUACUUUCUUGUUGUUCAAGAACACACCCAUGUUCUUCCCUAAACUUUAA